AUGUUGAAACUUCUCUGGAAUCUGAGUGGCAAAUUUGAUAGCUUAUGGGUGAAAUGGGUUCAUACGUACUACUUCAAACAUUGUGACUUCAUGACAGCUAUACCCACUUCGUAUCAGUCCUGGAUCAUGAAAAAGAUUAUGACAAGCAGAGAUAACAUUUGUACUGUGCAACACAUAUGGGACGAGAAGUUGGCUAAAGACAAGUUUAGCAUGAAGAGUAUGUACAUGCUAAUAAGGUAUGAUGUUCCUAAAGUAUCUUGGUAUCAGCUUCUUCGUGGUAAUGGUGCUAGACCUAGGGCGGCAAUGACCUUGUGGCUUGCGUGCCAUGGCUGA